GCUGCCGGUUGCACACGGCCUCGGCGGCGGCGCGGCGAGCGCGGGCCUGUGGAGCGGCGGCCGGGCGCGCGGCCCCGGCGGGCACCCCUCCGAGGGCGGCCGAGGAAGCUCCGGGAGGAGGAGCAGGACCACGAGGAGGUGGGAGGUGGCAGCCGCUUGGGGACCAGCUCCGCGCCUCGGCCUCUCCGCCCCCUCCCCAGCCUUUCUCUCGCCCUCUUCUCCCACACUCCCGGCCGGCGCCUCGGCUUUGUGCGAGGAGAUGGUGUAGCCCCCUGGCCGCCGAAGGAGGAGCCGGACACUUGUCUCCCGUCUCCGAGCUGCUCCCCACCCCUGGAGGAGAGACCCCCCUCGCCUCGGCGCCUUCUGCGUCUCCCGGCUGGUGGGGAAGCCUCUGCGCCGCCGGCACCAUGAGUGAACAGAGUAUCUGUCAGGCAAGAGCUGCUGUGAUGGUUUAUGAUGAUGCCAAUAAGAAGUGGGUGCCAGCUGGUGGCUCAACUGGAUUCAGCAGAGUUCAUAUCUAUCACCAUACAGGCAACAACACAUUCAGAGUGGUGGGCAGGAAGAUUCAGGACCAUCAGGUCGUGAUAAAUUGUGCCAUUCCUAAAGGGUUGAAGUACAAUCAAGCUACACAGACCUUCCACCAGUGGCGAGAUGCUAGACAGGUGUAUGGUCUCAACUUUGGCAGCAAAGAGGAUGCCAAUGUCUUCGCAAGUGCCAUGAUGCAUGCCUUAGAAGUGUUAAAUUCACAGGAAACAGCCCAGAGCAAGGUUACUGCUACCCAGGACAGCACUAAUUUGCGAUGUAUUUUCUGUGGGCCAACAUUGCCUAGACAAAACUCACAACUACCUGCUCAAGUUCAAAAUGGCCCAUCCCAAGAAGAAUUGGAAAUUCAAAGAAGACAACUACAAGAACAGCAACGGCAAAAGGAGCUGGAGCGGGAAAGGCUGGAGCGAGAAAGAAUGGAAAGAGAAAGGUUGGAGAGAGAGAGGUUAGAAAGGGAAAGGCUGGAGAGGGAGCGACUGGAACAAGAACAGCUGGAGAGAGAGAGACAAGAACGGGAACGGCAGGAACGCCUGGAGCGGCAGGAACGCCUGGACCGGGAGAGGCAAGAAAGACAAGAACGAGAGAGGCUGGAGAGACUGGAACGGGAGAGGCAAGAAAGGGAGCGACAAGAGCAGUUAGAAAGGGAACAGCUGGAAUGGGAGAGAGAGCGCAGAAUAUCAAGUGCUGCUCCAUCUUCAGACAGCUCCCUGUAUAACGCUCCACUUCCUGAGUAUUCCAGUUGCCAGCCUCCUUCAGCACCUCCUCCAUCAUACGCUAAAGUCAUCUCAGCUCCAGUGUCAGAUGCCACUCCUGAUUAUGCUGUAGUGACUGCUUUGCCACCUACUUCCACACCCCCUACACCACCACUGCGACACUCAGCGACACGUUUUGCAACAUCUUUAGGUUCAGCCUUCCACCCUGUUCUUCCCCAUUACGCUACAGUUCCUCGUCCUCUGAACAAAAACUCUCGACCUUCUUCUCCUGUGAACACACCCUCUUCUCAGCCUCCAGCUACGAAGCCCUGUGCCUGGUCUACUUCCAAUUUUUCGCCCCUCCCUCCAUCUCCUCCAAUAAUGAUUAGCAGCCCCCCAGGCAAAGCUACUGGUCCGAGGCCUGUCCUCCCUGUUUGUGUUUCUUCUCCUGUGCCCCAAAUGCCUCCAUCACCAACAGCACCCAAUGGGCUGGUUGACUCUGUAACAUACCCAGUGUCUCCACCGCCUACCUCAGGGCCAGCAGCUCCUCCGCCGCCGCCUCCACUGCCUUCCCUCGCAUCACUCUCACACUGUGGAUCUCAAGCUUCUCCUCCUCCAAGCACCCCUAUUGCCUCAACUCCCUCAUCCAAGCCUAGUGUUCUCCCUUCUCCCUCUGCAGCUGCCCCUGCCUCUGUUGAGACUCCUCUAAACUCUGUGCUGGGAGACUCUUCUGCUUCUGAGCCAGGCUUGCAGGCAGCCUCUCAGCCGGCCGAGACUCCAGCCCAACAGGGCAUUGUCUUGGGACCACUUGCACCUCCACCUCCUCCACCACUCCCACCAGGGCCUGCACAGGCUUCAGUAGCCCUCCCUCCUCCCCCAGGGCCCCCUCCACCUCCUCCACUCCCAUCCACUGGGCCUCCGCCGCCCCCUCCUCCCCCUCCUCUCCCUAAUCAAGUACCCCCUCCUCCACCACCACCUCCUGCCCCACCCCUCCCUGCAUCUGGAUUCUUUUUGGCAUCCAUGUCAGAAGACAAUCGCCCUUUAACUGGACUUGCAGCUGCAAUUGCCGGAGCAAAACUUAGGAAAGUGUCACGGAUGGAGGAUACCUCUUUCCCAAGUGGAGGGAAUGCUAUUGGUGUGAACUCGGCCUCAUCUAAAACAGAUACAGGCCGUGGAAAUGGACCCCUUCCUUUAGGGGGUAGUGGUUUAAUGGAAGAAAUGAGUGCCCUGCUGGCCAGGAGGAGAAGAAUUGCUGAAAAGGGAUCAACAAUAGAAACAGAACAAAAAGAGGACAAAGGUGAAGAUUCAGAGCCUGUAACUUCUAAGGCCUCUUCAACAAGUACACCUGAACCGACAAGAAAACCUUGGGAAAGAACAAAUACAAUGAAUGGCAGCAAGUCACCUGUUAUCUCCAGACGGGAUUCUCCAAGGAAAAAUCAGAUUGUUUUUGACAACAGGUCCUAUGAUUCAUUACACAGACCAAAAUCCACACCCUUGUCACAGCCCAGUGCCAAUGGAGUCCAGACGGAAGGACUUGACUAUGAUAGGCUGAAGCAGGACAUUUUAGAUGAAAUGAGAAAGGAAUUAACAAAGCUAAAAGAAGAGCUCAUUGAUGCAAUCAGGCAGGAACUGAGCAAGUCAAAUACUGCAUAGAGGAACAGACUAAGGAGAGAUAGGACUUUAAUCUGGAGGAAAAAAAUCCUACAGACAACAACUGUUCACAACAGCAAACCCCUACAUUUUAUGAGCUGUAAGAAGAAAAUGGAGACAAACAGAAGGAGGGAAAAACCAACCUACUCUAAAAGCCUUCAGACAUUAUGACUCUGGUGAUAAGCUCUUUCCCUCUCCGUUUGCUGCUUUUUUUCUGGCCUUUACAACAGAAUGGAAGAGAAUCAUAUAAGAGUUCCUGUAACAGUUAUGCAGAAAAUACUAAAACCCAUCAGGCAAGAUCACCACGCAUUGAAAUAGUUUCCUAUCAAGAUAAAGUCACACAUUUUCCACAAUACAUUGCUAAAAUAAAGAGGAGAAAGGCUUAGGAAGUUUUUUUGCAGAGAGUGCUGGUAAAGAAUUGAGCAAGUUUGCUAUUGUAUUGUAAUGUUUCUCUCAGGUUUGUUCUUCCUAUCAUGUUUGAUAUUCCAUGAAUAAUUGAGAUCAGCCCUAUGUAAGUUAAGAUCAUAAUAUGUGGAACAAAUGGAAUUGUAAGUGCUUUCAAAAGGUAAUAUUUAUAAGAAAGUGUCCGAAAAAUGUUUCUUCAGCUUGAGGAAUUUUAGGAUGAUAGGAAGUUUCUCGAGUUAGCCUUCAUGCAAUUUUGUAGAUUAAAACAUAAAAUUUGUCCAGAAUUUAAAGAUUUAGAUGCCUUCCUAAAUUGUUACAAUGCUUUACCAAAUCUAUGACUUCUACAUAACACAAACCAGUGGUCAAAUGUAAACACUAUAUUGUAGAUUUACUGUAGGUUUUCAACCUUUUUUAGAUUUAUGCAUGUGGACAUUUUUAUAAUGUAAUUACAAUCACCACAAGGUUAGCUUUUUAAAUUGCAGACAAUAAUGCAUGUCACACUAAUAUGUAGUGGCCUUUUCAAGGCCUAGUCCCAGGGAAAACAUUUUGUAGAGUAUAUGGGAGUGGGAGGAAGGGGAGGAAUAAUUUUUUAUUUAAAGUUGAUUUCUGCACUAUCUUUUUCUCAGUUACCUGCAUGAAUAAUAAUGAGGAAUAUUUUGUGACUUUAAUUGGUAAAUAUGUUACAAAACCAAGUACUUAAUCUUUCACAUCAUGUCUUCAGCUAUUUGUAUUUUAACCAGUAAUUUCAAUGGUCUGAAACAUGAUUCUGAGCUUCACAUAAUAUCUUAACUGUGGAACUCAAAAGUUUGAUCACUGAAUUUGGCAGUUAUUAUUACCUAGGUACCCCUGCUGUUACACAGGUGUUUAGAUACGUGUUCCUGAAUGAAGCUGCUUUUGAAUUUUGUUAUGUUGAAAUGCAAGAAAUAACAAUGAUGGCAGCAAUUAAGGUCACAGAAAUCAUUAGGUAAAGGAAAACCAAUGAGAAGUUCUGCAGUUUUCUUUUAAUAAAUAAAGUGAGACUUGGGUGGUGGGAAGAAGGAAUUAGACACUCUGCCUGCCACCCUGCGUGUGUGUGCUCUCGCGCACGUGCUGUCUAUAUGGAAGCCACUCUCUUUUCUUUCCUUGGAAACUGGUAAGGUUAAAAUAGGGGAGAAAUCCUAUAUGUUGCAAUGAUAGCUUUUUGGAAAAUUUGAGAAGUCAAACUCUCCAGGCUCUCCAUCUUGAUUUAUGCUUGAGUUGUUAUGUGCCAUACUUGCUUUGAACUCUGUUUUUCAGAAGUUUUACUAAAAUUUUGAAAUAAUCACUUUCAUCUGCUUUCUAGAUUUUGUACGUCUCAGUCCAUAAAGCAAAGCUUGUCGAUAGUGUAGUUUUCUAAACGCUGCAAAUUUGCAGCCUUUACCACUGCAGAGAAGUUUGGAUGAGGGAUUUUUUUUCUUUGUCAAAAUAGUUCCUGUUUCUGUAGAAAUUUCAUUUUUAGAUUAAGCUGUGAUGGAUGAGCUAUCAAUUCAAGUAUACAUUUCUUUUUUCUAUCAGAUAUUCAUUGUCAUGCAGUAGUAGUAAAAACAUCAAAGAUGCAGCAAGCUUAUUAAGUAUUAUUUUCUAAAAGAAAUAGGAGGCAUUUUCAUCUUUAUUAUUGUACUUUUGGUUAUGUAAACACUUUGAUAAUAUAAACAGUUAUGUCCCCUAUAAAUCUGGUCAGCAACCUCUUUUGAUUUUGUUGGGUAAGUUAAAUAGUCUAUAGUAGGUAGCGUACUGGGUACAAGUGGUCCAAACUAAGAUAAGAGACUAAAAUAAAAUGCUAAAUCUUAAACUGGGUUUAUGCACUAAACGUUUUGUGCCUUGGUCUAAUAUUAACAUGAUGUCUGUGUAAAAUGGCAAAAAAAAAAAACCAGUGUUGAAUCAUGCUAUAUUUUCCAUCAUCCCAGAUUACUAAAUGUGUUCUUUCCAAGAAGUCUGAAUGAAUUAUUAUAUACAUUUGCUAUCAUACAUGACAGCUGUGUCAUUAUUAGAGAUUUCAGUAAUUAAAACGGGAAACAGAAGCCUAAGUUACUUACCUUAUCAAAACUAUGUUCCUUGGAACCACAUUAUUAUGAUGGUUUUUGUGCUCUUGUACAUUGGAUGUCUUAAGCUGAGUACAGUUUAGGGGAUCCUUUCUAAUGACAGGAAGGGACUGCUUUCCUCAACACUGUGAUCUGACCUGUGACAAAUCUGUACUAUCCACUAUGUAAAUGGCUCACAAGUCAAUUGCAAACAAACUGAAUGUACAAAUCUUAGUGCUGGUGCUGAAAUCUCUUCAGAAUAGUCAUCAUGAUUUAAAAGUUUGUUUAAAAAUUUGCAAGCAUCAAGUGUCAAUCAAAACUGAAGAUGAAACACUAAUGAAUGUUGAAUUCUCAUGCUUUUAGGUGUACUUCCUUUUUUAGAAUUUUCAGUUUUCUGCUAUUUUUACCGUAACUAUUUUGUUUAAAUUUGUUUCAUUUAAGUUUCCUACACGCUAACUUCGUUUGUGCUAUUGAAAUAAAAUUGCAGUAUAUAUAUGUUGCUUGUUUGUGACAUUUAGAUAAUCUUCUGAAAUAAUUUGUUUUAAAGUAAGUUAUAUUGGAUGUGAAAAACACCUUUUAAAGUCCAAGACUUUACUACUUAAAAGUUUACAUGUCACGUCACUAUUCUUUAAAGAUUUCAUAGAAGUCGUGAAUACUAAGUAAUGUAUACAAAAGAAAUAUGUGAUGAUGUGUCUACUUUUUGUUUGAAAUAACUGUUGGGUGUUCCCUCUUCUUAUUUUCUCUCUGCCCACCUUGACACAGUAACUUCCUCUUAUAGUCAAGAUGAUGAUAAGUGUUUAAUUUUUAUUCCAUUUUGUUCUGCAACACGUUCAGAUACUUAAAACUCAUUCAUGCAGUUAGAAUUUUCCUUUAUAUAGUUUGCAUGGUAAAGGACAUUGUGUGGUAAAGGGCAUUAUCGAGUAAUGAAUUUUAAGUAUAGCAAAAUGUGUAUGGUGUUUAUACAUGAUGCUGAUUUUUUAAAACCUACAUAUAAGCAGUAGUACUUUUUCUCUAUUAUAAAGUAUUAAUUUUGAGUUCCAUUUUAUAAUUCUGAUGUCAUUAGAAAUACAAAAAUACAAUCCUUGUAUUUUUUUCUUUGACCAGACCCAAAUUUUCCCCCUUUCCCCCCCUCCAUUCUCCUCUCCACUUAUCGUGGACCGCGUGUUCCCAAUAUUCAUUAACAUUUGCAGCCAUUACAGAGUUCACAGUUGUAAAAUUUUCAGCUGAUUUUUUUUUUUUUUUUGCUCUAUCCUGUCUCAUGUUCUUGCUUCUCUUCAUAUGUGUCAGUAUUUUUGUCUACAAAUUAAAAGUCACUUGUCAUUCAAAAAUGAGUUAAGUAACAUGAUAAUCUUUUAAAUUUGCCUAGCUACAACUUUUAUGUCUCUUGUAAAUUUAUAACUUUCAGUGCCGUUGUGAAGAAUUGGCCUUUUAAUUCUAAGUAGUGUUACCCUAUGAAGCACAGUGUGCAAAGGUAUGCUACAGGGUCUCUUUAAUUCCUGUGUAUCCAUUAUAACUUUAUAACACCAUUACCCUUUAAAUUCUACCAGUUAUAAGCAGCAUAAAAGUAACUAUAUAAAGCAAACACCACAAAGGAACUCUGUAGGAGCUCUUAAUUCCUUUAUGUAGCUAUCAUAAAAUUCACUUUCCUGAAGACAUUUACUCUAUCAUUCACUUCCAAACUCCAAACUUUUUUCUGGUAGCACCACUUUUGUUUUUAAUAGAAAGAUGAGUUCAUAUCUGUACAUCUCUCCAAAGCUCUAAGGAAUGAGAAAAGGAUCCUAGUAUAUUGAAAUUACUGAUGUUUAAUACCUCUGCCUUUUCACUGAAAGCCAUUUAAUAUUUUUAAAGUCAAAACUUGACAUACAGGUAUUUAUAAGGAAUCUCCAUGACUCUGAAGGAAUGAAAUUGAUGUAGAUAGCUUUGGCUACGUAAAGACAUAGUAGAGGACAAUUACUUAUAAGAAGAGUUUUCUUCUGAGGAUUUGUAGAUUUGACUAAGCAGCUGAAGUCAGUAACCCCUCAAGAAAGGCCGUUUAUAGGAGCCAAGAACUGUUGGAGGUCUGUGAUGCAGGUUUUUCUGUUCCCAACAUCAAAAGCUGUGGAUUAUUAGGUGUGUUCCCCUUUAUGUUAUCUCUAGAUAAUUUUUGAGACAUCAAGAUUUUUUAAAAUAUCAAUACUGGAAAGAUGAAACCUUCAAAUUAAAACCUAAAAUUGAUUAGAAAGAAAAGUAAAAUAUUAAUGCAGUAAAUUUAGGAUGGUUACAGACACCAUCAACAUAAAUAAAUGGAGUUCUAGGAUAAAUUAUUUGUGGAAUACUAAUGGUCAAGUCACAUAAGAGUAAAAUUAAAUCUUUUGGUGAGGAGACACAUUUGAAAACUGCUAAAGAAUUAACUGUAAAUUUGUCUUUCUAAAUAGUUUUCUUUAUAAAGUAACAGACGCAUUGUAAAAGGGUAGAUAAAUGACCAUCAUGAUGACUUAGGAUGCUAUAAGAAUGUCUGCCACAUUUAUUGGUUAUUUCUGUUGAAAUCUGAAGGAAUCGAUACAUCUGAAAAUUGAGAAAGCGAAAUAGGACUGUCUCCGUUACAGAUACUCUGUGAUGCACGCAACCUUCUAAACAGAAGUGUUAGUAUCAUUUAAAGCACAUAGUAGGCCUUGAGUAUUUGCAGAUUAACAUACAGAAAAAAUCAAAGAUGAAGCCCCAUCUUUUGAACCAAAAGAAUCAGUGAGCUGCACCCCAGUUCUGUGAAGCAUGUUAAAUACUCAUGAAGAGCAGAGAGCAGGGCCCAUAGAUGCUUCUGGUGUAGGACACAGGAAUUCUAGGCAGAGGGAGAAAAUUAGGGGCCCCAGUUGGUGGCUGAGAGUAAAAAGAAUAUACCAUUUGAGUAGUGCUGUUCUUUUUCCUCAGUUUUUAAAGACAUAUAAUUCCUAGUAGUUAGGUCAUCUAAAUAGCUCAGUAAACUGGUCAGAGGCGGGAGAAUUGCUUGAGGCCAGAAGUUUUGAGAUCAGCCUGGGUAACAGGGAGACUCGUUGCUACAAAAAAAAUUUUAAAAUUUGGGCCAGGCAUGGUGGUACACACCUGUAAUCCCAGCUACUCAGGAGACUGAGGCGGGAGGAUCACCUGAGCCCAGGGAAGACGAGGCUGCAGUGAGCCGUGAUCACACCACUGUACUCCAGCCUGGGUGACAGAGCGAGAACCUGUGUCUCAAAAAAAUUCUAAGAGAAUAUAGCUUUUCAUUUUAAUAGAAAUUAUUAGAAAAGCUUACGUAUUUCAUUAGAGAGCCCAGUUAGACUACAUUUAUUCUGUAAAAGUUCUACAUAAAAAUGACAGCCUCAUAGUUGAUCAUGUUGUAAAUCUGAUUUAACUGUUCCCCUUCAAUUCCAAGAAAGAUUUCUUCAGCAGUAGAUGACAAUUCUAAAAGCAUAAAGAAAUAACUAAUAAAGGAGAUGGAUGAUGUUAUAGGUUGGUUUGGUUGGGUUUUAGUAAAUAGUUACUCUUCUGAGAAGGCUUAGAAAAUAGAGAAAAUCGAAUAGUUGGUACUUUGAAUUCAAUAGGAAAAAGCACUCAGAAGAAAAGAAAGUCUACAUUGACUGGUGUUUAGAUUGAGAGAGAGUUAAUUUUCCCAUCAAGUCCAAAAGUUUCCAUCCAAGUCUGUAGAAACUGAGAGAAAAGGUUAUUGGCUUACACUUAAAAUAUACAUUGUUGUAACCAUACAAGAGAAAUACAUUAUAGAAAGCUUUUAAAAAUUUGGUCUCAAGCGCCUAACAUUCCAUGCUUUAGUCACAUCUGUGAAACCUCUUUUCUUUUUUUCUUUUUAAGAUUAAAGGCAUUUUAAAAAUAAAUGUUUCGUGGCCAGGCAUGGUGGCUCACGCCUGUAAUUCCAGCACUUUGGGAGGCUGAGGUGGGCAGAUCACCUGAGGUCAGGAGUUCGAGACCAGCCUGGCCAACGUGAUGAAACCCCAUCUCUACUAAAAAUACAAAAAAAUUGGCCGGGCAUAGUGGUGGGCACCUGUAAUCUCAGCUAUUCGGGGGGCUGAGACAGAAGAGUCGCUUGAAUCUGUGAGGUGGAGAUUGCAGUAAGCUGAGACCGCGCCACUGUACUCCAGCCUGGGUGACAGAGCGAGAUUCCAUCUCUAAAUAAAUAAAUGUUUUUCAACGUGUUUUAUGUGAGAAAUACCAGCUUUUCAUUGUUACUACCAGUUGAUCUCAGGUGUCAGUUGGUUCUGCUGACCGAGGCACUGGGCGUUUUAAAUAUGGAGUUUCCCUCCACCCUUUGAUCAAGUCUGAGGUUUGUCCAUCCUUGGUGGUGGGCUAGCUUAACCAUGGAUUCACAAACCCCAUUUGAUUGCCGUAAGUCAUGAGGCCACCCCAGUGCCAGUGGUUGGGCAUCAUAGUCUGAGGUAAUGAAUUUGAGUUAGCUGUAGGCUAGUUCCACAACUCAGUAACAGCCCAUGGAUGGUUGGUAAUAGACGUUGACUUUGCCACUUAAAUUUCCAGGGAGAAGAAUAGCUUAUAGUUUAUCUGAGGAAGGUAAUUGGGAAGGCUUAGAUAAUUGAGAAGAAAGCCCUGUUAAAAUCUAGGUAGCAUUUCCUUUCUACUUAUUACUAGAGGGAUGGGAGGUUCAGGCCUGAGUCAGGACUUCACAAUUUGGUGUUUUUCCCAGAGGUACUUUAGGCCUGAUCAUUUUAAGUUUCAAUUGCAAAAAAAAUUUUUUGAUGGAGUCUUGCUCUGUCACUCAGGUUAGAGUGCAGUGGUGCAAUCUCGGCUCACUGCAACCUCCGCCCCCUGGGUUCAAAGGGAUUCUCCUGCCUCAGCCUCCUGAGUAGCUGGGACUACAGGCGCGUGCCACCAUGCCCGACUAAUUUUUGCAUUUUUAGUAGAGAUGGGGUUUCACCAUGUUGGCCAGGCUGGUCUUGAACUCCUGAGCACAGGUGAUCUGCCCGCCUCGGCCUCCCAAUGUGCUGGGAUUACAGACAUGAGCCACAGUGCCUGGCCUUCAAUUGCAGAAGUUUCUGAAGGGAGAAUAUUUGAUCCUCACAUAAAAUGUCCUUGUUUCUGAAAGAAAACAUGGUAAAAAGAUUGUCGUCGAGUCCAUGUCUUUGCCACCUUGUUGGACUUGAUUUCCCUUUCUCUGUGUUCCUCCUGCCCUCAGUCUCUCAGUCUGUCCUUUUUGCGUGUGGAGUUGUGGGCAGGUCAUUGGACUGGGACUGACUUCACAGUUUUCAGGCUGUGGGGCUAGUCAGUCAUUCUCUCUGAGCCUUCUACCUCUGAAGUUUAGUUCUUUUUUUAAAUUCUUUUCGUUUUGUUUUUAUUUUUUCCUUGCCACUAUACAAGCAAGGAUAGAUAAAGCUUUUUAUUAUUGUUGUUAUUAUUUUGAGACAGUCUCGCUCUGUCAUCCAGGCUGGAGUGCAGUGGUGUGAUUUUAGCUCACUGCAACCUCUGCCUCCCGGGUUCAAGCGAUUCUCCUACCUCAGCCUCCUUAGUAGCUGGGACUACAGGCAUGCGCCACCACACCCGGCUAAUUUUUGUAUUUUUAGUAGAGACAGAGUUUCACCGUGUUGGCCAGGCUGGUCUCGAACUCCUGACCUCAGGUGAUCCACCCACAUUGGCCUCCCAAAGCGUUGGGAUUACAGGCGUAAGCGACCGUGCCCGUCCCUGAUAAAGUUUAGUUCUGAAUUUCCUCUUUCAGUGUAUUCUCAGCAGCUACUGGUUGGUUUAUUCUUUUUUUAUCUUUUUCGGCUUAUUCUUCUUUUGAUCUUUGAAGAGAAGGAGAAAAAAGAUCUGAGUUUGGCUCUCCCAUCUUAAGUGCAGCUUUUAGUUGUUUUAUAGUCAUAGACGCUAUUGCACUGGACAGCAUGCAUCCUGGAUGUAAACAAUGCGGAAAAAUCAAUGGAGUGACCAUUUUGAGGUCAGUGGUGUUGCAUAAAGCACCAGUGUUGUGCUGUUCUGUGCCAGUUUCCUCUGCGCCACGUGCUUUCACAGUUUGAAUUAUGGGCAUCUCUGGUGGCUUCAGUGCAUUCUCCACUGUGCUUCAACCUGGAAGCACAUUCUGCCAUUCAGAAAGACUGAUUCCAAUCAUGUAAUGGGACCACACGAGAUCCAUGCUCCAAUUAUAUGAAUAACAGAAGGUCCAUUUGACUCUUCUAGUUAAAGAGCUGUUUCUAAGUAAAUAGACUUUCCAGAGCUCGACCAAGUGAAGAAGCCCUUUCAAUUCCUGGGCAGAAUUCAGUGGUUUUCAUAUCAUCUGAACCUGCUGUGCUGCUGUUUAUUCUACCACUGUCAUCCUUGAAAGGAAAAAAGGAAUAAUAUUACCCUCUUGCCCUUGUUAUUUUAUAUCUUCCAUCUUACCCAUCUAUAUCCAUGUAGUCAUUCCUUCCGAGUUCCCUGGUUUUAAUCCAAAAGACUCUGUUUAACAGCAAUGUCUUGGCAGACCGGGUGCCACUUCCGUGCCAUUUGAGGGCUCUGAGUCUUUGCUUCAUCUUAGGAAGAUGAAGAUAAUGUGGCAGAAAGUCAGAGAUGUAAAUAGAAGUUUGGGAUGAUGAAAGAUGGGUCCUGUUUUGCUGACAUUCUUUACUUUGGUUCUUAGUGCGUGUCUUUUGGGAUUCAUUUCUUGCUAGCAUGAAUAGGACAUGCUUUUCGUUAGGUGCUUUUCUUUUUUGGAGAACACGAAGUGUUUCUAACAAAACUGAAUGAGCUAGAAAGAAUUCUAUUUUGAGACAUCUGUAGUUGAUGCAAAGUAUUUCUGUAAUCCUCAAUUACAGUACUUACAUAUUUGCAUAGAAUUUUUUUUUUAAUUUUUGAGGAAGCCUCUCUGGAGUCUGUAUUUAUAGGAGCAUCCUGAAAGUCCCUAUUAUGUAGCUGGAGUGGGAGAGAGAGAGGGACAGCCACACUCGUGCUGUGAGCAGAGCACAACUUCAGGCAGAGUGAAUGCCUUCUGAGUUCUCAUUGGAAGCUUUCUGUUGCUCAGCCUCUGGCAGAUUUCAGAACCUUCUGCUUAAGCCAGGUGUGAUGGCGUGUGCUCCUAGGCACAGCAACUCGGGGGACUGAGGCAGAAGGAUCACUUGAGCCCAAAGUUGGAGGCCAGCCUGGGCAACAUAGCGAGGCCUGUCUCCUUAAAAAUAAAUAAACAAAUAAAUAAGUAAAUAAAUAAAUAAAUAAAAACCUUGUCCUUGACCAUUGUGCUUUCUGCUGCCCCUUUGUAGGGAUGGGGGUGGGGUCAGAAUAAGCAUGUGCAUGAAUGGCGGAAAGCUUUGGUGGUGUUUGUUUUGUUUGUUUUUUGAGAGGUCGGUGAGUUAGCAGUGAACCUUUUUCGUUAAAGAACAACAUACAUAAUUUCUAUUUUGAGAUUUAGAAGGUUAAAUACAUUUUUUUUCAGGCCUACCAAGUUGAUAGACCAAAAGUAUAUAGUAGAACAGCACAGUAGAAAAAAUUUAAAAGUGAAUUUCUUAUGGUCCAAAAGGAUGAUAGUGACAGUCCAUAACCUUUCAUAGUAUAUGCUGGAAUUGGAGUCUCUUGUCAUCUUGCUUUGCUCUGAAUUUUAGAACUAGAAGUGUGCAUGUAUGUCAAAAGAUUAUGCAGAGUUAUUUUCUUUGCUAACGAUGUAAACAUUUGCACCCCAUGAAUGGGACUUUAUAAUCUGGAAGUGAGCCUAAGGUUGCAUAUACUGAAAUCAUGUUUUAAAAGUUAAGAUUGACUUAAGCAUAUACAAGGCUGUAUUUUAAUUGUAACUAGAAAUCAUUUACUAUGCAUACAGAACCUCAUGUAUCUUAUCGUGGAAUUUGUGAAUUAUGGGCCUUGCCGAAUUCAAGGGUAAGGGAAACUGGUAACAACUUGUUUUAAAUCAACAUACUAUAAGCUCCUCCUUGCUUGACUCAAGUUGUUUGAAAAUCUGAAUUAAACAGGAUCUCAUUGUCAGGAAACAUCUUCUAAGCUUGACAUCUGCGUUUAAGAAGGGAAUGUGGAAGAGAGGGCGAGACAUGAAACUAAAACAGCUGGCAGGGUAGGAUCAGACCGCACCUGAUUUUUGGACCAAAGUUUCAUAUAGGAAUAAAUAAAAAGGAAGACCACUUGUGAGCCAACCUAGGAAGGACUUGCCAGAAAGUAGCAGCUCCUGCUGCAAAAUACAGUGCCUUCAAAAUGAUUCUCUGUGUGAAUUGCAUGCAAUUUCAUGUAACCAUAAAGUGUAACCUGUAUGUGCAUGACAUGUGUCUAGAAUGUGUAAAGUUAGGAUUCAGCAGGAAGGGGCCUAGCCCUGUCACUGUGGUGGAUCAGUGGACCUGCUGAAGUCACUGGACUUAUGUGACUUAGGUUUGCAGCAUCAGACCCCUGUGUUUGCAUUAAGUGGCCAUAUCGUUGAAAUCGGAUCCAUCUCUCCCUCAGCUUUCUUUCCCACUUUGCAGCUUUGCUGGUUUUAACUGCUUCAUUCUUCUGCUUCUUGGUAUCCUUUUUUCUUUUGAAAUAAAAAGAUGAAAUACUUAA